AUGAGCGCUCCGCCCCCGCCUCCGCCGCAUGGCGAGGCGCCCAAGACAACGGGCGGAAGCGGCGGCAGCGGACUACCGCCGGGCAACUAUGACAUUUUUGUCAUCCCAGAACACUCGGCCGGUUCCGGCUUCAUAUACCUCCCCUCGAUGCGGCCGAAUAUCAACAGCUUUGUUGCCGGCUUCGCGAGUGCCUUGGCUAUUGUCGCACUCGGCAACAGCAUGGCACCCGCUUUCCGCGCCUGGUGGGCCAACUUUCAGGGCAUGGGAAACGUAGGGUUGGCAAUGCUGGUCAUCGCCGUCGGACUGGGAGCGUGGUCAUUGGGCCGGAUUCAACACGACGGCCCACAGUCAAAUGAAGGCACUGGCAGCAACCAAGGAUCGUCUCGAAGCGGCUCGCCCGGCUCUGGUCCUAGUUCGCCUGGGCAGGGUGCCGGUGCUGGCACAAAUGGAGGCGCCCACCAUCAAAGCGGUCAUCAGAGUGGCCACGGCAGUGCCGGCGGUGGACAUCACGGGUACAACUCUGCACCACCACCGCAGCAAUCCUCUCCACCACCUCCUCCGCCUCAAGAAUCCGAGUCCGAGCAGCCGAAGCAAGCGCCGCCUCCUCCCACACAAGAUCCGCCUCCGACGCAACCACCUCCACAACCGGGCCAACAACAACAGCAACAACAAUCUGGAUCCGAGCAGCCUAAGCCAACAUGGCAGCAAAGCCAACAGCAAAACUACCAACGGCAGGCUCCCCGACCGAAGGCGCAACCAAGCACUCCGGGAGCUGAGUCGGCCAAGAAUGCAUGGCAAAAGGCGCGCGAAGAGACUCGGCGAAAAGAGGAAGAGCGUAAGGCACAAGAGGCCGAAAAGAAACGACGAGAAGAAACUGCCGCCAGGCUUCGCGUAAUUCGUGAACGAGAAGCACGAGAACGUGAGGCACGCGACCGCCGUGAACGCGAAGACAAAGACAAACGAGAGCGCGAGCUCAGAGAGACUCGCGAGCGAGAGAUGCGUGAACGCACCGAACGAGAAAACCGCGAAAAGGAGCUCAAAGCCCAGCGAGAGCAACUGGAAAAGGAACUCCGCGCCAAGAUUGAACAGGAAGGACGAGAUAAGGAACAACGUGAAAAGGCAGAACAGGAACGACACGCAAACGACAUCCGCGAACAAAUCGAACGUGCCGCACGCGAGCUUGCUGAGAAGGAAAAGGCGCGCAAAGCCAAAGAAGACGAGGAGCGCCAGAAGGAGCUUGACCGCAUCAACCGAAAGGGCAGCUCGUAUGCCUUCUCGGCCGUGGGCGAACGGACCAACCCCUGGCCCAACGGCAAGCCACCGGUGCCUCCGUCUGUUGCGCCGUCUUCGUCCCCUGCUGGAGCACAGGCCCCCCGAUCAGCCCCACCUCCAACGACCGGUGGGCAGUCCUCCUACGGCGGUGCGUCCCCCCGCAAGCCCGGCCCUGCCCCGUCCUCGGCCGGCCCGUCCAAGAAAGCUCGUGUGCAAGACGAAGAAGAGACGUAUUCGUACCGACCGUACGACAAGCCGAAGAGGCCGCAGCCGGUACGCAAAAAGUCCAUCUCCGACUUGUCCGAAUCGUCUUGGGCGCCGUCUCAUUCCACGGCCCACACGUCGCCACCGCCGUCGAUGCGGCAGCCGUACACGACGAACGAUCCCGACAAGAUUGUCAUCCGCGCGGUGUACGGCUUUUUGAACCAGUUUGCCAAGACACCCUCGUCGCAGCUGCUGUCGGGCGUGGGUUCCGUGACGGACGGACUCAUCCUGCGCAUCACGACGGAGGGCCUGUUUAUUGACGACGAUGUCCGCGGCGUCCCCCAGCGCGAAUGGGACGUGAAAGCGUGGACCCUGAAGCUGGUAGAGGUAUGGUGCCCCGCGCAUGCUGUUGCUCUUGCGAAUUCUGCUGCGAACGACCACAUCAAUUCUGUCAAGCCCUCGGCCGCCAACGUCAACAACGCCACGUUCCUGCCGCGUGCCGCCUGGCGCAAGGCGUUUUCGGGCGCCGGCGGCGUGCGGGGCGAGCCGCGGCCGCUGACGGACGAGCAAGCCGACGCCUAUCUCGCCGACAUGCUGCGGGAGUGCAAGGCGCUGUGCGGCCUAGGGCUCUGCGAGACGGUCCACCCCUCUGCAUUUGAUGAUUCUGUGUCUGCUUCUGCGUCGUCUGCUUCUUCCCACUCCGCGGCCCGUACUAAAUUUGAACAGAAUGGCGAGUUCAAGACCAAGGGGCUGCACCUCGUGCGCGCGACCGUGCGCGACCAGGAGGGCAAGCGGUUCCUGUUUGUGCUCGACCAGGAAGAGGCCUGGAAGGUGUCCAAGGGCCUGCAGCGGCUGCGCCAGGGCACGCAGGUGCGGUCCCUGGGCGUGGCCAGCCUCAGCAACUCGGAUGUGCGCACGACGCUCGCGAUGCUGGGCUGGGCAUAG